AUGCGGGCAAAUUCUAGUGGAGACUGGACAGAAAUCGAAUGCGAUUGGUUUGAUAAAGUUUAUGAGUUUCAGGUUGGUGAAACAUUUUUGGGUUUUCGAAAAAUUGAAUGAAAUAAGUUGUGAUGUUCAACUUUCAUUCGCUUUUUUUAAAUUUAAAAUUCCACCUGCCAACUCUGAAGUUUUUACGACUAAAAAUCACGAUUUUAUUCGGCACAACCUAAUUCUGUUAUGAAAGUGAGCCCCCUGAAAUUCCACGUCAAAUAAAUUAGCAAAAUGGUUUUUCUAGUUUGAAAAAUCUUUUUCCUAGAAAUUUCAAAAAAGUUUCCUUAUUGCAAAAAAAAGUUCCUGAUGCAUUUUAAAUGCAUCUCGUUAAUCUUUUAUUCAACCAGGAAUAAAUAGAAAAAAGUAUGUAAAAUCUAUGAUUCAUUAAACUCUUGGCUCAGGAACAUUAAGAAACUAGAAAAUUCCAUUUCUGAUUCAUCAAAUUUAUCAGAAAUCUAAUUUUGCACAUUAAUAAUAUAUUCGCGAAAAAUCCAACACCAUCGAUCACAUCCGCUUUUCUCACUCACAAUCUUUGAAACCCUAACCCAUUUAAUUCAAAUUAUUCAUCAAUGACCUUUGAAAAUCCAAUUUCUUCAUUUAUUUUUCUUCAGAUUCUGAUUUUCUUUUUUUUUUUCCUUCUAACACCUCAUGAAAUAUUCAUGAUUUGCCCACAACCUUACAUUCAGACAAAAUAUAAAAUAAAAUUUAUGAAAAAAAACAUCGCAAAAAAUGAGUGAAGAAACUGAACUUUGGUAAAUCUGUGAAAUUAUUCCAAAAAUCCUAAUGUGUGCAGAAUAAGGUUAUGACGUGGAAGAAUCAGUGGAUGUUUUGAGUACGCUAAAUUUGGUCAGAAUAUGAAUUUUUGAAUUCUGAAAUCCGAUUUUUUCAUAAAAUUUGAAAAAUCUUGAAAUUCACCACAAAAAAAUAGAAAACCAUCCAGUAGUUUGAAGAUUUCAAACGAUGAGAUGAACAAUAAAAUCAAUAAUAUAUUUUCAGAAUAGUCUCUACAAAAUCACUUUCGAAGGUUCUCCAAUUGUUGCACUUUAUGGUCUUGUUUGCACUUUUGGAGCAUUAGCCAAUUUCAUUGUUCUUCUCGCAUUUGUCAGAACUGCAAAUCUUCGAAAUCUCAGAAACAGCUUUAUUGUGAAUCUGGCCUGUUCGGAUCUGAUUUUAUGUGUUGUUACAGCGCCGGUCACACUUUAUCAGAGUCAGAAUUUGUUUUGGCCAUUCGGUGAUAUGUCGUGUAAAGUGGUGAGUUUUUAUGGGAGGAAGUCACACGAACUUGUUUUGGGGAGUAAACAAAAAAUUGUUGACAAGUGAAUGAGAAAUUGUCAUGGGAGUUCUACAGAAAAUGGGAAGUUUGAAUUCAUGAAAAAAAAACCUUUUCUUUGAAAUUUCAUUAUUAUAUCCAAGUUCUUUAAAAUAAUUUUCUUUUUUUCCAGUUAUCUGGCGUUCAAGCCGUCAAUACAUUUGUCUCUUCACUAACUCUUGCAUUCAUCGCAAUGGAUCGAGUUCUUCUAACUCUUUGUCCAGUUCAAUGGCGACUUGCAGCAACUGCUCCACUUCUUUGUUACUCUUUUGUUUGGAUUAUCUCAAUUCUAAUAGCUUUACCUUAUGCGCUGACUGUUAAUUCAAAACUUGCUCCUUUUGAUCCAUGGACUGAUCGACAAUCUGUUAAUAUGGUGAGUCUACAAAAAUGAGACCUUCUUUGGUCCAAACUUCAGCCUAGAGGUUUUUGAAAAACCCAAUUUUGAAAUUGGCCUGAUCUUUUGUUCAAUUUUCAGAUGAAUAACUUUUUUCAGGUAAAUUAUUGUCAAAAAAAGAUGCCCGAAAUAUGCGCAGAGCGAGAAGAAGCCUGGAAUAAUGCGAUUAUUUCCAAAACCACGUACACUUUUGUCGUUGUGGGAAUUCAGGUGAGCGAUUUUUUGAUGUAUGAGUCAGAACAAGAAGCCUUUUAUCCGAGCUUGUUAGAGAACAUGUGAUUUUUUUGUGAAUAGCGUGGGAUUUUUAUUUUGCAAAAUGAAUGAAGAAAAACUUUAUGACAUGUUUAAUGGAAUGAGGAACUUUUAUGGGGUUGGAAUAUUUUUAGACGAAGAUUUUUUUAAUGGGAAAUUUCGAGAUUGAGCAUCAAAAAUGAGGGAUUGGAAAACAUAGGGAAUAGUUUUUGGGGGAAACAUAUUUAAAAUUUUAUGAAUUUAUAAAAUUCCAGUACAUCCUUCCACUUCUUGCACUUGCCUACGCCUACAUUCAAAUUGGAACAACCAUCCAAAAACGCUCAAAAGCCUCUCGAACAGUUGAUACAACUCGCCGACUUCACAUGCAGAAUCGAAAUCGUCGAGCUCUUCUUCUACUUUGCCUGCUUGUUCUAACUUAUGCGAUUUGUUGGGCGCCAAUGAAUUUGUAUCAUGUGCUUAAUGGUUUGGAAUAUAUCACUUAUUCGCAUAAAAUGUGAGUUUAAAAUGAAUAAGAUAAUCAAUAAAUCCACAAAUUCAUAGAUCAAAUAACAAUGUUCAAUUUUUAAGGUACAUCUUUAUGCAUCUGAUCGGGAUCUCAUCAACUUGCGUAAACCCGAUUGUAUAUGCCCUUGUUAAUGAAUCGUUCAGAAAUGCGUUGCAUUCUAUGGUAAGAAAAUUUAAGACUUUUUGAAAUAUGUAUUUGAUAAGAUGAAUCCAGCUUAUUUCUAGCUGAUUUUCAAAAAUUAUUUGGAAAUUCGAUUUUUUUAAUCCAAAAUGCACGUUAUCUUACUUUUUAUUGAAUUAGAAAUAUUUUAUUUUAAAAAAACACAUUGUUACAUUCAAAUAAUGAAGGUAUCUCAGAUUCUAUCAUUUCGACCAUGUUAUGUCACAACAACUGGUAGCACAACUACAAAUGCAUUCGCCGCCUACACCGCUACAAAACAAGAAACAAAUACUUUGGUUCGAGACCCUUAUACAACUCCAAUAGCCGCUGAUGUUUAA